AGAAUAAAUUAUUGAAAGGCGGCUACAACCCGUUUGGAGGCAGCUACAGAUUGCAUACUUGAGUUAUGAUAAAGAAAUAGUACAACAAUAAAUUGUAGAUUUGAAAUGUUUUUGUAUGAUAAUACCUGAAAAUGGACCAUUUUGAUGACGAGAAACGGCGAAUGUCCUGUGAUGAGAUGAGUGUUCCUGUUUUUAGUACUGAAAACGAUAUUCGUAACAGGAACGGAGUUGUAGACAAGUUAAGAGAAGUCCUUUUGAAGCUAUUACAGCCCAAUUUCAAAUGUUCAGACGACACAAUACUAACGAAAUUGUUCGACUGUGUCACCACAAAUCGAGAUACGAAAGAUUGGGAAAUAUCAGGGAAAAGGCACGUCUUGUUAGGAUUGUUUCUACCAUGGAUAGACCUGGCCCUGUCCAAUUGGGAACUGAUUGUGAAUCCUGUGAAAAGCUUCUUUUUGAAAAUCGUCGGAUAUUUUUCAAGAGGAGAAAACUGUUUUGAUCUGCUUGCUGCGUCCAACAUUCCAUCCCGAAUAGUGACAGCAAUUAAAAUGAAUGAAAGGUCGGAAAACGUGUCAAUAACAAUGGGAUACGUUGAACUUCUUCAGGGUGUUAUGUGUCAUAAAAAAGGCCUUACCUGGAUUAUUGACUCUGGUGAAUGGAAGGUCAUUGCUUUACUAUCACAGUCUUGCCCUAGCAUUUACAUUCUUAGAAAAUGUUGGCAGGUGUUUUCCGACUUGAUAACAAAAACAGAAAUCCACAAUCAAAGGAUUGCCAAAAUGAUGCUCGAAGAUUGUACAUCUGUACUGAAAGAGUCGUCACACCAGACUGUAUCUGUUGGCCAGAUCAAUAAACCAAACCGAAUACCCUCUGCUAUGGUUAUUUGGGAUUCAAAGGAGGAAUUUGUUAUUGUUAAUGUGAUAAAGUUAACUAUAGAAAUUAUUUUAAAUAUAAUGAAUCUUAAGUUUUCAUUUGAGAGAAUAAAUUCGUUAUUUGAAAGUUGUAAAAUAAGUGAUUGGGCGUGGACUGUAAUGCAUAACUCUGAUGACCUGCAGAUGGUUGCUGUAGCAUCUAGACUAAUGUGUUUUAUGAAUGCCUUAGAUUUGUGUGAUAUAAAAGAUCACAAAGUCCCACAAAUCAUUGGGAAGAACUUCAUUGAUAAGAUUAUUAACCAUUUUAAUUUGCUUGUAACUCGACAUGCUUUUGAUGUGAUUUCUGAUAGUGCUGUGGAUUAUCAGUAUCUCUGGGAAAAAUACGGUGGAAAGGUGAUCGCCGGAGAUAUUGAAAAGCCUGACAGUAUUGAUUACCUCGAAUCAGAGAUUUAUAAAACUGAAAAUUCAGUUUAUCGUGUGCAGAAUUUCCUGUUCAUCAUUCAAGUACUGCCUUUGUUUGUGUUUUGCAAAGUGAAUUCUAAGGAAUUGGAAUGUGAUAACCUAUUGGAACUUUAUAUAGAAAAAUUAUUUAGGGUUGCGUGCCCAAAAACAAUUAGGUUUUGUUACUCUUUUCGUCUUCAGCUUUCUAGUCAGGGGCCAAAUUUAGAAAAAGGGUGUGUUAAAAAUAUUCACAAAUUUGAACAGCUUGCAACUAUAUGUAACAAGGAGCAAGCUGUUUUGGUGUUUCAAGCACUAAUUCAUAUAUUCAAAUUUAUUAUUGUACCAAAAGAAAACCCUCACCUAAAUGAUCUGUUGUUUCCAAGGAUAAACUAUUACAAUACAGAAAACAGUCAGUACCCAGUUAUCUUACCACCACUUAUAAGUGCACUUUGUACUUAUUUAAAGAAAUUUGACAUUUCAUGGAGAGACAGCUUAGAGACCGUCUGUAUUAUGUCUCUUACUCAAUUUCUUUUGAAUGACAUAAACAUUCCUCCUAUGCUGUGCACUGCAACGUUAAGGCUGAUUAAAAUGAUACUGUUAAAAUUCAUGCCUCCAAACCUAGCGCUUCUAGUCAAUACUUUGCAAGGCUCGAGCAUGCAAGAUCUUGGAAAACAAUUGUACAAAACAUUGCACAGUUAUCACUGGGAAGUGAGAGACUCAACUAUUGAAGUUUUAACUACAAUAAGCAUUCUAGCUGAAGCAAAGUUCCCUGCAUUUCAAACCCUUUUAAUUGAAAAUAGGUUACCUGAUUUAAUUACAUCUAUAAUGGAUUGUGAUUCGGAACCUUAUGUUAGAGCUUCAGCUAUUUGUUGUAUUUCUGAGAUGAUUAAGUUACAAAAUAUUUGGGACAAUUAUCUACAAAGCAAAAAAUUAAUGGAAAAGAUUUUCAUAAUAUUGCAUUUUGAGAGUGAAGGGAUUGUUAGGAAACAAGCUGCUCUUUUGGCUAAAGAAAUUUACAAAAACAGACAGAUGAAGCCGGAAGUGCUCGAGCAGGCAUAUAACACUUUCUACCAUAUCGCACAGAAUGAUCUUCACUGGGAAGUGAAGAUAAACGCAUUGGAAUUUUGGGAUGAAGUAAUAGAUUUUGUGUUUUCUGAAGAAGGAAUGGUUGACGGGUCAUUCCCACAGACGAUCUUUUCAAAGGAAAAGAAAAAAAUCAUUCAGCUCACAUCCAUUAAAACAUGUCAUUUAGUUUUAAAAGCAGUGAGGAAACUUAGCGACAUGGGGUGCUUACAUGUCCUGUGGGCGACUCUGUUGGACGAAUGUGAUUUAGUAGUUCAAAAAAAAUCAGCUAAGUUAAUAACAAAAUUAAAGGACAUUGUUAAUAAGUAUGACGUACUGUCAGAGUUGAAUAAAAUUAAUUUUAAUAAGGAUGAACUCGACAAUUACCAUUUGGGAAAACCUCCUGACAAUUUGCUUGAGGUGGCAGACAUUGACAACAUGAUGAUGGGAGAAGAUGAAAAUAAUGCUUCAUUAUUCAGUGGAUUGGGAUCAAAAUUGCAGUCAGUUGACGAUGUAAUUAAUGAAAUAAUCAGUGAAGAAGAUAUACAGCUGUUGUCCGGUUUGGUGAACAUCGCAGAAAGGGAGGAACGAAUCUUGCCAUCGAUCAAAAGAUUUAUAAUCCCUGCUGAAGAAUUCAUUGAAAAAAUAAUGACACUGGACGUGGAAACUGUGUUGAAAGAGAAAAUAUCUUGGACAUUAAAAACUUCUGAAGGAAUUGAAUCUUUACUGGAUGAUAUAAUACAGUUUACAGAAGAAGACGAAUUUAGUACAAAUGCAAUUGACUGUUAUUAAUGAAUUGUUAUUUUGGUUGCAUGGACAAGACAAAAAUGUACUAUGUAAUCGAGUUUCUUUCUCCUCAGCUCUUUGUUGUUGGACAUUACCCAUUGUAAAAUUAUAAAUAAUACUUAUAAUUAUAAGAAGAAGAAUAGUUGAAAAUUAAACCCCUGAAAACAAACUACUGUUAAUGCAAUUAAAUUCAACUUUGUGCCCAUCAUCUACAAGGUUAAAUGGAAAUAAUCAACCAUUAGCGACAAGAUGCUCCUCAGUUAGCUUUUCAAUAAUACACUCUGCCACCACC